AUCCAAAGAGAUUAAUUACCUUGUAAAAAUAUUGAUUUUGGUUUAAUUACAAAGUCAACCCAUUACCCACCACCAGGCCAAAUUAUUAUUGUAUUUGUGGUAAUAAUACCAGUACGCGUUCUUCUUCUUCUUUUUUCUUUCGCAGUCCGAGUCGAUUCAAUAUAAAAUAUGUAUACGUAUUAUAUGACUGGUUUAUUAUUAAAAAAGAAAGAGAAAAAAAGAAACAGAGAAAGAAAGACAGGGCUUUGUUUGUAGCUUUACAGGCAAGCAAGUGAUUUUGGCUUUUUAGUGUAAAUGUAAAUGAAAUAGAAAUAAGAUUAGGAGUGAAGAAGAGAGAAGAGAAUAAAGUAAGGAUGAUAGAGGAGGGAACAACGUUGGAGUACACGCCCACCUGGGUUGUGGCUCUGGUUUGUACUGUCAUCGUCUUCAUUUCUCUAACCGUCGAGAGAAUCAUUCACUACACCGGAAAGUAUUUGAAGAAAAAGAACCAAAAGCCUCUGUUCGAAGCAUUGCAAAAGGUCAAAGAAGAGUUAAUGCUUUUGGGAUUCAUAUCGCUGCUGCUGACGGUUUUCCAAGCCCGCAUCGCCAAAAUAUGUAUAAGCAAAGAACAUGCCAAGCAGUGGCUGCCUUGUAGCGAUGACGAAGAUGACUCAUCAUCUAAAACUACUCAUCACUUUCAGACCCUUUUCACAACUGUUCCACGCCUCCUUGCCGAGGCUUCCUCUUCAGGUUCCGAUGACUACUGUUCCAAAAAGGAAAAGGUUCCACUGUUGUCCACUACAGCACUCCACCAUCUUCAUAUCUUCAUCUUUGUGUUAGCCGUUGUCCAUGUCACCUUCUGUGCUUUAACUAUUCUUUUUGGUGGGAUAAAGAUACGUCAAUGGAAAAAAUGGGAGGAUUCUAUCUCAAAAAAUGGAACAAACAAUGUAGAAGAGGCUCUAAAAACAAAGUUCACGGACGUUCAAGGUCACGAUUUUAUCAGGGGUCGUUUUUUGGGCAUUGGGAAGAAUUUAUCACUUUUAGGCUGGGUGCAUUCAUUUUUCAAGCAAAUUUUUGGAUCUGUGACGGAAGCAGAUUAUUUGACACUUAGGCUAGGCUUUAUCAUGACACAUUGCAGGGGAAACCGAAAAUUUAAUUUCCACAAGUACAUGAUUCGUGCCCUUGAAGCUGAUUUUAAAAAAGUUGUUGGAAUAAGUUGGUAUUUGUGGUUGUUUGUAGUGUUCUUUUUGUGCCUGAAUGUAUCCGGUUUGCACGCAUAUUUUUGGUUGGCAUUUGUACCUUUGCUUCUUCUGCUUGCUGUUGGCACUAAGUUGGAGCAUGUAAUUACCCAAUUGGCCCAUGAAGUUGCUGAGAAACAUGUAGCAAUUGAAGGCGAUUUGGUAGUUAAACCAUCAGACGAUCACUUCUGGUUUCAUCGACCCCGCCUUGUUCUCAUACUCAUUCAUAUCAUACUUUUCCAAAAUUCCUUCGAACUAGCAUUUUUCUUCUGGAUUUGGGUUCAAUACGGAUUUGACUCUUGCAUAAUGGGGCAGAUCGGCUUUAUUAUUCCCCGACUAGUGAUUGGGGUAUUUGUUCAGUUCCUUUGUAGUUACAGCACCUUGCCUUUGUAUGCCAUUGUCACACAGAUGGGAAGUUCCUUCAAGAAAGCUAUUUUCGAAGAACACAUUCAAGAUGGAUUAGUUGAUUGGGCUCGGCAGGCCAAGAAGAAUAAAGGAAUGAGAAAGGCUUCAAAUGGGUCUAGCCAAGUGGGUCCUAAUAAAGAUGGUAGUUCUGGUAAUACAGUUGGAGUAGUAGUUGAGUUGGCAAAUGUUGGGGACCAACAUAAUCAGUCCGAAAGACAUCUUUUAGGAGAAAUUCAGCCUGUAAACCAUCGUUCAUAAUUCCAUUAUCUAUCUCAUCGCUACAUUAAAAUGCAAUAUACAUAUACAAAAAUAUAUAUGGCUCAUUUCAUAUAUACAUGAUCAAAACUUUAUAUAUCACUUAUGCUUUUUAUGUGUAAGUUCCUUCAUGCA